ACGACCGACGCGCAAAUAAAAUAGCGAAAAGAAAAAAUCAAAUAAAAUAAAAGCAAUCCGACGUUAAAUUAUUAUAAAAUAAAACCUGGAGUACUACAAAUCAGGUGUGGGGUUCGCCCAAAGUAAUAUUUCGGCUUGAGAAUGAAGUAUUCAGUCAUUCUUAAUCUGACAAUGGAGGAGCUUGCAAAAUGGCUUUCCGAGAAGCGAGUGCCGUUGACCGGCGAGGAGACCAUUCACCAGCUGCGGGGAAUGGUAAAGGCUAUGGUGGUAGACCAGGAUAAUGCCAUAAAAGAAGGCGGAGAGCCGAUCGGAGCGGAUGGCGUGGCUGAUGACGUGGCGGAGAGCGUCGCUGAAAGCGUCGCUGUGAGCGUGGCAGAGAGCGUCGCGGGAAGAGAGAGUGAGCAGGAGGAGCGGGUGUCGGACGAGUUGACCGAAAUUACGAAGCAGAUGACGUUGUAUACAGCACGAAAGGAUCUCGCGGAGUUGAAAGCGAAGGUUGCCGCCUUGGAAGGCAAUUCGCUGGACCGCAAGCCCGUGGUUGAGAUCAGAGACCUUGAGGCUAAUUUACGAAAAUUUUCGGGAGACGACAACAUGUCUGUGCACGCAUGGAUUCGUGACUUCGAGCUGGCUGCAGUUAUGUACGGACUGGACAGCUCUCAACGUUGGACACUGGGAAGUCGAAUGCUGGAGGGAUCGGCUCGCUCAUACAUUAUGCUCGAAAAACCGGCUACUUGGAAUGAGCUAAGUGAGAGUCUGCGAAAAACUUUUGGAUUCCGAAUGACGAAUCACCAGGUGGCAAAGCAGUUGCAGAGCCGUUCUAUUCGUGUGAAUGAAUCGCUGCUGCAAUAUUUUAUUGCGAUGCGUCAUAUUGCCGAGCAAGGGACCUUUGAGGACGUGGACAUCGUAAAAUACAUCGUAGAUGGUCUGCAGGACCAUACCGGAUGUGCAGCUCCAUUAUAUUACUGUGCUUCCCUCGAAGAGCUGCGUGAGAAGAUGAUGAGAUACCAGAUGGUACAGACGGUGAACAGGCGAAGGACACCAGUUACACCAUUGAGGCAGGUGACUGUAGCGAAACCUGCACAUGCUGGAGGAGAUGUCGGGAGCAUAAGGUGCUUCAAUUGCCGAGCGAUGGGGCACUUCAGCAGCCAGUGUAAGAAACCGAAGCGCCCGGAAGGCGCUUGCUUCCGCUGUUUCGAGACUGGGCAUCAUUAUCGACGGUGCCCGAAGCGUUUGCAAGCGGCUGCCCCUUGUAAUGACGACAUGCUAGACGAGAAGGAAGACGACGACGAUUCAACUGGCGGAAAUCCUUAUAUUCAAUUAAUACCGGAUGCCCAGUGAGCUUUAUCAACAAGGAACUUAUUCCGCAAGAAUUGAAGGAUGAUCAGUUGAAAAAAAGUAGAUUUCGCGGCCUGAGCGGCCAAAACGUUUUGACAUUUGGAAAAAUUAAGAUUGUUCUUUUGUUUCAAGAAGAGUAUUACAGCAUUGAAGCCUAUGUAAUUCCUAAUAAUAUAUUACCAACGCCUAUAUUACUGGGCAGAGAUGUACUUAGAAAGUUAUCACUUAAGUUAGUCAAACGCAAAAAUGUUAUUAAAAAGAAUCUCAAUCAAUUAUCAUUAAACAAAACCAAUGCAUUAUCCUCAAACCCGAUCUGUGCAUCCCUAUUUACUAGUACAUAUUACCCAAACAAAAAUAUAACCGAAAGUAAAGAUAGGAAUCCAUAUGUAAACGCAGUUGCAACUCCGGUGAAGCCUCAGAUCUUUCAAGAAUGGAUGCAACAGUUCGAGAAUUG